AUGCGCACAACACAACUUCUCACCAUUACUGUCCCAAUACCGGGAACUCUCCCCCCAGGCGCUGUUUUAGCAGCGCUGCAAGCCGUCAACCCGUUUGUCGCCCAUCACCGGACCGUCACGAGCAUAGAAGAGGUUGCAAGCGAUCCCGAAGACACCGCUGAUGAUCCCUUCUUCGGACCCUUCGAUGACUCGUUUCGUGCUUUUCAGAUGGAGGAACUUGUUAACCUCGCUCCUGGUUUAAGCAAAACGAUAGCGUACAAAGCCAUUUUCCAGGUCAUUCCUGACGGCCUUCGUUCCCGCUGUAAAGCCCCUGUGGGCGUUAUUGUCCGAGCACAGUGGACGGUGCGCCAGCUGCACCACGACCGAUCACCCAUGGGACCAAUAUCGCCUGCGGGGUCGGACAGCACCGCGUCCGGCAGUACGACGACCGUUGAGGGCGACGAAUAUGAACUACAAGAACAGGUUUUGCUUGAGUGCAAUUCGUUAUUGAUGCCCUUCAUUGUCGACUCAUGCGCCUCGGUUCAUCGCGGAAUCUGUGAGAAUUUCAUGGCGGCGACUUUCAAAGAAUAUUUCGGAACGUCACCAACGUAUUGA